AUGUUGAAGUUCGAGUUCGACGCUACGUGGGCCCGUGACCUGGCCUACCACUGGCUGUUUGUUCUGUUGGUGGUCUUCGCGAUAGGUCUGGCGCCCCCACUAGCCUUGUGGUUGCAGUUCAACUUUCACACUUACUGCGACGACUCCAACUGCUCAGAUAUAGUCGAGGAACUACGCCGCUCGCUGGAUUUGCAAGCGGAUCCGUGCGACAACUUCUACAAGUUCGUGUGUGGCCGCUGGGAACUGACCAACCGCCCGUUCGCCGACCAGGCAUCGCAGCACCGGCAUCGAUUCCGGCAAGAGCUCGCCGCAGCCAUGCUUCACCGGGAGCCGCGGAGACACGACCAGGGUGCUGUAGACAAGGCGGCAAGGCUGUACAAGGAAUGCAGGUACAAACCGUUCGACGACAGCUGCCAGCUAAAUACAGUGGCUUCAGUGCUGGCCAACUUGAAUAUCACGUGGCCUUUCACAAAUCUACAUUCCGCUUCACUGUGGAACCUGCCUGUCACCAUCGCGCUCACGAAAGCGCACCUGCACCACGGCCUGGACAUUCUGUAUGCGAUGGGCGUGGUAUUUCGUGGAGUCAAGCACAAACGCAAGAUCGUGCUGCACAUCGGCCAUCUGCUACCGCUGCCUGAGCCUUUGCUCAGUCGUACUCAGCUCAGUCGUGCCGUCGUCGAUUUGGCUGCAAUGAUGGGCCCAGUAGGCGUUGACUAUAAACACCUGGCAAAGCUUGUGCAGGCGCAGGAGCAAAGCCUGGCUACGUUUCUCAAGGAGGGUCCAGCCGAAGAGGAUGAAAACACUAUGGUGACAUUUGAAGAGGCAGAAAUGAGAUUUCCUAAGCACAAUUGGACACUAAUCAGGACGCUUAUUAACAGCGAAGUGGGCUCCACGCUAACUGUUGAGGACCAUCUGUACAUAAACAGCCGUGCCUUGGAGGCAGCCACGAGUGUUUUGAAGGACGGCGCCGCCGUGCACGCAUUUCUGGGUUGGCGAAUAGUGCGCAUGCUCACGCCUAUGGGCUGUGGACUCGCCGGGAUCGCGCUGGCGCAGGCCGCGGGUGGCGAUGUGGACGUCGUGUCUGAUCUGCUGGCCAGAGGCACACUGGACCGGCUGCAAGAGCACAUGCCCAUGGCCCUCGCGGCUCCUUAUAUUGAACAAAAGCGACCCGGAGAAGCGAGGGAAGGCCUGCAGUGGCACAUCGCACGACUGAUGCAGAGCUUCGAGAAAGUUUUCUACAACAGCGCCUACCUCAGCAGGAACUUCCAAAGGAGGGCCGCCAGGUUGAUGAAGCGCUUCAAACCGCACCUGCUCUACCCCGACUACACACACCUGGAGGUUCAGGUCGACCGUGGGUACAGGUACAUGCCGGACUUCGAUGGGGACUGCCUAAACAUGACAUUGACACUGUUGCGUGAAAGCAGCCGCCACCGCCUCCGGCAGCUAGGCAAGGCAGGCGCACUCUACGGCGAAGGCUGGGAGCUGCCGCAGACCUCAGUCCGGGCGCUGUACUCGCUCGAAGCGGACGCCCUGUUCGUACCACUAGGCGUCGCUGCGGCGCCUCUUUACGCAGCUGGCGCCCCGGCCACGUGGAAGCUGGGAGCACUGGGUACAGUACUGGGUCAGGAGAUUGCCGACACAGUGCUCGGGCUCGCCGAUUCGUGGCACCAAUUGACGAAGCCCGAGGAACACUGCUUCGUCAAUGCAAGCCUGGCGCAUGCGCAAGCCGUGCAGGGCGCUUACAACGCGCUCAGUCUGGCUGUGUACGAAGGCGGCGCGGCCAUCGGGAGGCAGCGACUCCGCGGUCUCGAGCGUUUCGGUGACGCCCAGCUACUGUUCCUGGCCAGCUGCUUCACGCUGUGCCACGUCGAUGGGGAUGAAGCUGCGAGGAACGAGGCCCUCUGCAAUGAGGCGAUGCGCAACAGCCUCGAUUUCGCGCAAUCGUUCCAGUGCCUGCCAAAUUCAGCCAUGAACCCUACGGACAAAUGCAGUCUCUGA